AAAGUGAUACCUCUCCCACAUGCGCAGUCUCUACUUCGUCCUCUGCCUCGACGUGUAAUUUCCCCAUAUGCAAAUACAGAAGUAUUCGAUAUUUUCGUACGCACCACUUGUGUGUACUUUUUCUACGGCAAAUCUUUCUCCCGAGAGAGGCAGAACGCGAGACAAGUGCGGUAACCAUCGCUUUGUGAUCGGCCGCAGGUAUCGCCGACGACGCGAUUUCGCUCCUGACUCUCUGUAGUAAAAUUCAAAGUUCUCCCGGAGCACAAAAUCCGAUAAUUGGAUACGAAACCGAGAUUAGAGCACGUCGAGCAGCGAGAAAACCGCUUUGAAAACCGCUUCACUUCUCCAGCCGACAAUCCGGGACCGUUUCCUUUUCCCCCCGCACAAUCGACGACGUGCGCUGACGCCACCGGAGCGACGUCGGAUGACAGUAAUAAGGGAGAAAGAGCCGGAUAAGGAGAAAACGUGCAUACGCUAGAGGGGCGAGGGGCGUGGACAGAUAAAGCGGUUGACCCUCGCCCUCCUCAAUGACCUGCCGAGAUAUCGUUCCACUAAAUCUACUGACGUUCUCGCAGUCGAACGCCAUAGCUCGCACGGCCGUAUCCAUGCCUCUCGUUCAUCAUUGAGCUAUCGGCGGCCGGGUAGAAAAAGGGACCAGUGCAAGUUUUACGAGAGUGCGACACUUAACACCGGCAGGGGGAUCUCGACAAAUCGGACCGUAGAAUUUGCGAUACAUUGAUAAACGUCGAGAAGUGAGAAGCGCAACUGUUGAAACGACGAUACGUUCAGUCGGUGUGCCUGGAAGGAAGGGCUGGGGCGACGACGUUACCCGAGUUGCGAGUUGUGUUCUGGCUCGGAAAUGCGAGUGUACGCGUUCGCCUUGGUAGUGGUGUGCUGCUUCCUGUGUCCCUUGUACGCGGCCGGCGGUCCAAAACCGGACGAUGCCACGUCGUCUUCGAUAGACAAAAGCAAGGCGGCUCAGAUGGCGGCAGGCGAGCAACGGCUCGGGGAUCAAAUUCGAGCGAUCCUGAAACAUUAUCAGCAAGUUGAUCCGGUCGGGCUGCCAGGCGCGCCGAUACCUGAUCCGAUGCCGGUUCCGGAUAUGAAACACUCCUUCUCCGUAUAUACGAUGAAUUUCAAGCAGACUAAGGUCUUGGGCUUGUCCAAGUUCCGCAUCGAACACGUAGAAUCGGAACUAGCGCGUAUGCAGGUCUCCGUCUCAGUGAGAAUCGACAUUCUGGACAUUCGCGGAUUAUACACGCUGACAUCGUGGUUCACGAAAUCGGAAGGCGAUUUCACGGUGAAGCUGACCGACGUGAGUGUCCAAGGUAUCGCCAGGUUGGAAGUCGCCACUGACGGUAAACUGCAGGCCCAAAACAUCGACAUGGACCUAACGUUCGACAAGAUCGACAUGGACUUUAAGAAUCUGGGAUUCCUCGGCUCGGUCUUUCAGGGACUCAUCAAUUCGGUCGGCACCUUUAUGUUCGACAGCGUCAAACCGUUCAUAUUGAAGGAAGUCAACACAAACGUGAGGGGCGAGGUAAACAAGCAGAUCUCGCAAUUGCCGCAAUAUUUCCCGAAUUCGAUCUCACCGUUCGACAUGGCGGUCGCGGAAGCUCGCAAGCAGGUCCGUCAGAUGGGCUACGAUCCCUACAGGGUGCCGGAUUACACCCAGAGCGCCGGGAUAUUCACCGUGACGUCGUCGCACACUUGGGUCACCGGUCUGGCCAGUUUCUAUCGCAUGGGAAACAUCACGAUCACCAUGGAGAAGGGAAACGUCUACGCGCUACUGGACAUCGGUACCCAGGAGCUCGAGGGCAAGACACACUGGGAGCUGAGCGUGAUCGGCGGAAUCAUGUCGCGGGCCGGCAAGGUGUCCUUCACCGUCCAAUAUUUCCGCGUGCAGGUGAAGCUGGGCCAGCCGUUGGACACGCGGAAGCGCGCCUCCCUGGAGGAGCUGGAGUUCGAGCUGGGCAACAUCCAGGCGAGAAUCCACGGCACCGGCACGUUAGACUAUCUCGUGGAAGCCAGCAUUAAUAUACUGCCGAACCUUUUAAGAUAUCAGAUUAUGGACGCCAUCGAGGGGCCAGUGAAGAGACACAUACAGGAGAAACUGGACAGUGUGGAUGUGGAGAAAUUGAUCCAUGACAAAAUACCGGAGAUAGAGGAGCAAGCCAGGUGGAUACAAGGUAUAGUGCCCGUAGAGGAGACGGUCUUGGAGGAGACGUCGACAUCGCAGGAUCCAGACAGUCAGGGGCCUUUCUCCGAGAGCGAGGAGAAUCGAGGACCAUCGUAAGAAACGUAAUACACGUACACUGAACUCUUUUUUUAACUUAAAUCACCUUUAUGGAGAAAGAAAGAAAGAAAGCGCGUUACUAGGAAUAUAUAUUACGAUUUUAAGCGACGAUAGAUCUGCGCCACAGAUAUCAGUACUACAGUUGCGUCCUUCGUAAGNAGAGAGAGAGAGAGAGAGAGAGAGAGAGAGAGAGAGAGAGAGAGAGUUUGCGAAGAUUGUAUGAACAAAGAUGAAUGUUUUGAGAUAAAAUCACAUUUUUAUUGAGAAAGGAAUAUCAUUAGCGAAAUAUACAUUGUACUAUGUCAAUUGUAUAUUACAUUAUGUAAGCUGAGUAUAAUAAAACUACGAGUUUGUAAAAAGCGGAUAGAACUACAGAAUAUCGAAGUGCGAGGAUCGUCGCGAGUGAAAAAUAUCAUCCCAUGACACCGGUUGCGGAAUAGGCACUUGACCGUGUCGACGUUGAACACAAUCGUAAUUGUCGCGUAUGAAACGCGACAUGCAACACUUAGGUUGGAAAGUAACAGAAGCAGGCGUUACUCCUCGGCUAACAGAUGUGAGUAAUCAGUAUGAAAUUAACACCUAUACACGUCCAAACUCGAUGUUACCCGCUCGUUCCUCAUUAAAAACAAGGUGUUGCAUAAAAGAACCUAAUCGAUAUAAAAUACUGACGACUCCCUGAAUUCGACCGAACUAUACACCUAAUAACAAGUAUUAACACGAAACAAUUGCGUAACGAUUAAUAAAUUAACAAAUUAAACGGAUUGUUACGUAAGAGAGCGACAAGCUCCACGGAACCGUUCGCAACGACGGAUUGUUAUAUUUCAGCAGCGGAUCGCGGUGAUGUAAACGGAUUCGAAACUGGCGGUCUCUAAACAGCUCGAGAGUGACGUAACGUUUAACAAUGCCCGGUGACGGAUUUCGCAACGAAGCUGUUUCCUUUUUGUGAUCAACCUGUUGGUCA